CGCCCUCCCGUGGCACCCAACCACAACUCCUGCUCCGGCACCCCCUUCCCUCCCCAGCCUUCUCCACCGCUCUCCCUCCCCCCUCGUCGGCGGCGAAAAUCUCCGGAUCCAUCCCGGCCUCCGUUCCAUCGCCACCCUCUCCACCCGCAAGGGUUUAAUUCUGAGGGGAAUUUCCGAGCAUUUCCUGCCUGCCUACGGCGUAAAUACAGGUCUGCGGGCUGUCCUGCUUCGUCUCGCGGUCUUCGAUGCGUGGUGGAGGCAACACGGAUAGGAUGCAGCAGGUUCAGCACACGGUUCAGACGCACGGAUAUGGACUGGCCAGAAAGCACACUUAUGACUGGGUCGUUCUUACGCUCCUAGCUGCGGCCGUGGUCGUCUUGCAUUAUGCUCCGCCGUUUAAUCGGUUCGUUGGGAAGGAUAUGAUGGCUGAUAUUAGGUACCCGGUGAAACAGAGUACUGUGCCAGCAUGGGCUGUUCCUGUAAUCUCUAUGCUGUGUCCAGUGCUUGUUUUCGUAGCGGUGUAUGUUGCUAGAAGGGACGUCUAUGACCUUCACCACGCAACGCUAGGUGUUAUUUUCGCUGUGCUGAUCACUGCCGCGUUCACUGAUGUGAUAAAGACUGCAGUAGGGAGACCAAGGCCAGACUUCUUUUGGCGGUGUUUUCCUGAUGGAAGGCAGGUAUAUGAUCAAGUGACAGGUGGUGUGAUUUGCCAUGGCGAGAAAGGUUUCUUAACUGAUGGGCGCAAGAGUUUUCCUAGUGGACACACGUCGUGGUCUUUUGCUGGACUUGGAUUUUUGUCACUAUACUUAUCUGGCAAAAUUAAGGCGUUUGAUCGCAAAGGUCAUGUGGCAAAACUUUGCAUCGUGAUUCUUCCUCUUCUUCUUGCUUCGCUUGUUGGGGUUUCUAGAAUAGACAACUAUCGGCACCACUGGGAGGAUGUGCUUGUCGGUGGCCUGAUUGGAUAUAUCAUGGCAGUGCUGUGCUAUCUGCACUUCUUUCCUCCUCCAUAUCACCAUCAAGGUUGGGGUCCCUAUGCGUACUUCCACAUGCUGGAAGAGCUUGAGGUGCACAAUUCAAAUAAUGCACAAAACCAGCAGUCUGCAGGUGAGCAUCAUAUCGGAUUGACCGGCCAACACCAUAACGGGAGAUCAAGAAAUGAUUUGGAAUCUGGAAGUGUGUAACUCACCCCUCUGUGGAACCGACUAGCAUACCUUGUACAGUAAGCAUGCGUUAAAAACUUUUUUAUGUGUGCACUAAGCAAGUAUUAGGAGUUUAGAACUAGAUAUGUGCUAUCUCCCCCUCAUGUUUGUGUACAAAAGUCACUCGCUCAGUAUAUUCUGACCUAGUUGUUCUAGGGCCACCUGUUGUAUCUAAAUCAUGUGUUAACGUCGUAGACCGUGUGAGUGGCUGGUGGAAGUACUGAGUACGAACUUAUUCCGCUGUUAAACAAGCACAACUGAGCAAUGAUAAUGA